CGCAUAAAAGCGAGCGGUGCAGCCCUACACACGUCACUUCUUCCUGAGCUACAACAUGAACUGCUACACCUUGGUGCUGCUAGUGAGCUGCGUGGCUGCGGUGAGCGCCGCCCCCUUCAUUGACGCCGCGGGGUGCCUGGUGGGGCCCUCAGGCAAGGUGUGCUCCACGGGCAACGUGCAGUUCUCGGACGCAGGGAGCCCCGUGCCUGCUGCCGCCCCCAGCUUCCGGGCCCCAGUGCAGCAGCCCAGCGUGAGUCUGGCCCAGCACAGAGCCCAGCAGCAGCAUCAGCUGGCCCUGCUUCGACACGCCGCCACCGCGAGCUUCACGGGCCUCGUUGGGCCGUCGGGAGUCAUUGGCCCGUCCGGACUUGUGGGACCCAGUGGGCCUCUUGCAUUUGGUCGCUAAAUUAUAACGAAAAAAUAGAAAUUUUUGUACAGUUUAUUCAGUACAAAAUAGAUUCCAAUUCAUUAUUAUUAAGAGCCAGAAACUUUAUUGUGUCCCGCGACUCAUGGAAUUCUGCUACUAUUCGUAAACCCAUAAUCGUACAAACCAAGUCUGUAAUUUAAUUACUUUAACGUACGAAUACGGAAUACAGUUCAUUAGUUAUCUAAAAUUUUACUUUAUUGGACAACCGAAAUUAUAAUCCACAAAUUUAUUUCUGACUAUCUGACGCUAUUCAGCGCUCCUGAAAUAAAUUAAUUACUAAAUGAGCUUAUAAAAAGACUUUUUCGUGAAUUUGUGAACUAUGAAUUCCUAUUGUGAAUAAAAAAUGUGACAACGUAA